GCUUUGCAUGCCAUCCAGCUCCUCAGACAGAUAUGAGUGGUCGAGAAAUAACUGCUAAUAACAGUUUCUUGCGAACUCCAUCGAACUGCUCUGCUACUAUACUUCCAUGGCGAGCUUCAGCUUCACCACCAGAAUCAGAACCCCUACGCUUCAAUCUCACAAACCCAUCUCCAAGUUCAUCUCUCGCACUAAACCCAUCAAAAUCUCAUGUAAUCUCUCCACCAAUCCUUCAAAAAACCGACCAAAGCUGCUCUGUCUUCGUGCAAAUUCUGUGUCAUCAGAAAGCUCAGUUUCAACAACACAAGAUCAAGUAGACGAAGCAAUUGAUGAAGAAGACGAUGACCCAACUGCUGAAAUGAGCUAUCUUGACCCGGAAACCGACCCGGAGAGCAUUUCGGAGUGGGAGCUCGAUUUCUGCUCCAGACCCAUUUUGGAUAUCAGGGGAAAGAAGGUUUGGGAACUUGUAGUUUGUGAUGAAUCUCUUUCUCUGCAGCACACCAAGUACUUCCCCAACAAUGUCAUCAACAGCAUUACUUUGAAGGAUGCUAUUGUGACCGUUAGUGAAGAAUUAGGGGUCCCUCUCCCAGAUAAAAUCCGCUACUUCAGGUCACAGAUGCAGACAAUUAUAACAAAAGCGUGCAACGAGCUUGGUAUAAAACCCAUUCCCAGUAAACGGUGUCUCUCGUUGCUUUUAUGGUUGGAAGAACGCUACGAGACUGUAUACACACGCCAUCCUGGUUUCCAGAAAGGAUCUAAGCCACUCCUUGCAGUAGAUAACCCAUUCCCAAUGGAACUUCCAGAAAAUCUUGUUGGGGAGAAAUGGGCCUUUGUCCAAUUGCCCUUUUCAGCUGUUCAAGAGGAAAUCUCAUCCUUGGACACAAACCUCGUGUUUGGGGCAAGUCUAGAUUUGGAUUUAUUGGGGAUUGAAAUUGAUGACAAGACGUUGAUUCCAGGAUUGGCUGUUGCAUCUUCACGUGCUAAACCACUAGCAGCUUGGAUGAAUGGGUUGGAAGUUUGUUCAAUUGAAGCCGAUUUGUCACGGGCUCGCUUGAUUCUUUCUGUUGGAAUUUCCGGGCGAUAUAUUUAUGCUACCUACAACAAAACUCCUGAAACAACAAGUGAAGCUGAAGCUUGGGAAGCAGCAAAGAAGGAAUGUGGAGGUUUGCACUUCCUUGCAAUCCAGGGGGACUUGGAUUCGGAUGAUUGUGUUGGAUUUUGGCUUCUACUGGACUUGCCACCUCCACCUGUAUAGAGUGUAAUCAGUCCAGAUUAAUUUUAAAAAGAAGUUACUUUUACACAUUAAUUUCUCAAUUAUAUAGCUUCAUGCUUUCUAGUUG